ACAAAACGAAGAAGACGAAGAAGAAGAAUCACUGAAUAUUGUGGAUGAGGACGUAGCGUUAGUUUUACUAAUUUCGAAUCACGUUUCCCCUCCUUUUUCUUUUUCCUGUUUGUUAGUAUUUAUUCAUUUUAACUUAAUGGCAGUUUGUGGCCAAUGUGGGGUUUCUGCAGUAGCGGAAGCAGCACUCCCAGGACCGUAGUUUCAGGACCCUCAGCUUCCAUAACAAUUAACGAGGAAGACUACGGAUCAGCAAGGAGAAAUAAGAGUUUAUCUUUUGGCUUGAAAAAUCAGCAAAAUGACUAUGCACAUAACCAUCCAGGAGGGAAGGACAUUGCCAGACCUGAAGAGAUGCAGCACAUGCUGCAACAACUUCCACUGUCCCUUCUGUAGGUCAGCUUUAUUUCAUCCAACGAAGCUGAGCAAGGUCAAAACUCAUCUACAGAGCCAUUUCAACCGGGCAGUUCUCCAUGAAGGGUAUACUAUUCAUCGAUGUGGCUUGGACUGCCGACCACAGUGGCAUUAUCACUGUCCCCGCUGCAUUUCAGUCAUCCUCCGUAGAUCAGAUUUCAACAAACACCUUUCUUUUUGCAAGAAAAAACAGAAAGCUCUGGCAAUUCUGACUGCUCCACCUCCUGUAAACACCUCUAUUUUGGCUCCACCUCCAGUUACCACCUCCGUCUUUGCUCCAACAACCGUGCCCAUACUAAAGACCUCAAGCGAACACCUGAAAAAGGUUCACAGACAAACAGUAGGCCAUAAAAUAUGUCCCAUAUGUAAUAUUUUGAUUAACAAAAAAAAUCUAAAAAAGCACAUAGAAAGAAAACAUACAAGUAAACAGAAGGACACGAAGCCAAGUCGCCAUCUCCAAAGUGAAUGCAUAGAUUCUGAAAAUGGCAUCUAUAUGGUCCAGAAAGCUAUUCAUGGUAGCCAUAGCCCUCUGCAUGUACAAAAUCAUGUACAGGGGGAAACUCAACAUGUUUCCUGUGAGUCCACCGUCUGCCAGGACAAAAUGGAACUGGCAUGGAGAAAUGGACUUACAUCGUAUCUGUGCAUACAUCUUGAAUCUUUGGCCUACUCUACAAGUUAUACCUCUUCUCCCUUACUUCAAGAAGAAACACUCACUGAGAUGGUGAACUGCAAUUGGUUUGGUGAAGAUAUAAAAAAGGUCUGUUUGGAUUGUCAGAAACUUGCCAAAGACAACUGCGUACCUCUGUCAGUGCUUUCAGAAAUAGGAACCCCUAAGUCAACAAAGUACAUAUCUAUUUAUGAGCCCAACAUUUCAUUUUACCCUUCUUUAAGAAGAGUCCUGGUCUCAUAUGACACAAAACAGAAGUCAUGGCACUGUUCUUGUGCAAGCCCAAAAGAAUCCUGUCCACACAAAUAUAUUGCAGUAUGGCACCUGUUUGAGACGCACCGGGAGCUACUUGGAAAGGUUCAGAGCAGUCAGGAGGUAGAUCGCUGGACUGCAGCAACAACAGAGGACGAAGAGAACCAAGAUGAAACCGAUCUAUGGGAUGCAACUAAUCCACCAGUAGAUGAAGGGAGGAUGAAAGCUAUGGCCAAAUAUAUAUUGAAGUACAAAAAGUUGCCAGCUGUUCUGCCAGAUCAUCUGCGACUUCCAUCAGUGGAAAUAAAAUACCCAAAACACCUGAUUCCGGAGGAGAUAAUGUGUAAGGUUUGCCCAGGCAAUGUGCCUCUGAGUGUUCCAGUCCUCGUUACAAACAAGGCAAAAAUUCUCUCCACCUCUUGCAUUGUUGAAGGCGUCUCCACUUACUCUAAAUCCUGCCAUCAGUGCAGAACCCAGUACCGAUACCAAGAGUGGAAAGACGGUCUGCACAAUUUUAAUGAUUGGAUAGUCCUUGCUCUCCCUUUAUGCCUGACUAUCAGAAAUAUGCUGCUGGUCCAUACCACGGUGAGCAGAGUUGUUGAGUUCUUGGAAUUGAUGACAGAGGUGAAAUUCCCUCCAGCUAAAACAGUCCUUCAUGGAUAUCUUCACUUUGAAGCGCUCACAGAUCACGACUACAGUUUCUCUUGUAUUACUUGUGGUGAUCAUCCACCCGUGGUCAUCUUGGGUUUUCAUAAGGGAUGUUUCCGCUCAUCAGGUAGUGACCUUCCACAGCCCCCUGACUUCAAUGAAGAGAUUAAUGUGGAGAGUUUUUGGGAGGAAUUUUCAGUGGAAAUGAUCUGUCGAGGCUUUGCAACAAGUCAGCAAAACAGUCCAGUUGCAGUCCAACCAACUGUCCAUUAUUGGGCACCUUGGAUAGGGAAAUGUACACGCUGCUCAGACCGUGUCCUCAACACAGAGUUUGAAAAAGUCUGUUCAGUAAAACCAGCCGAAUCCUGCAAAAUGACCGUCUCAGAAGAGAAAUUAAGAGCAGAACUGUACAAGCAAAAGGUUAACAUGGUCAGGAAGUUAUGUAGAGAUUGUGGGUUGGAUUCCUUUGGAUCUCGUCGUGCUCUCCUCAUGAGACUUUUCAAAGAUCUAAAGUCGAGGCAGACGUACAACAAGGUGCUUCAAAAGAUUCGUGUUGCUUCAGGUGGUUGGGCUGUGAUCACAUGUCCCUGCGGCAUUGUAUACAGCAUGAAGUGUAACAUCCAGGGAGAAAGUCUACAUGACUUUGCUGACACAUUGCUCUCUUGGAAGCACAUGCCAAAUAUUAUCAUAUAUGACUCUGCUGAUGAACUAGCGACACAUAUGAACCUAAAAGUACCAGAAAGGUUACAGUCCAAAUCAUUUGAAGGAUGGUUAAUGGACCCAACUUCAGACAGUAUAAAACAAGCACACGAUGGAAAACUGAAGGUCUCAUUCCCUUGGCUGAACUUUAAAAAACAGGUCCCAGAUGUUGAUGGCCAUCCGAUUACAGGUUCAGCUGAAUUUCAUGUCCUGUAUGACCAAUUUCCUGAUAAUACAAUGGAUGCCCGUGAGAUCCUGCAGAAGCUUGGCCUGGUCCCACAACGUUCUGGACGAAUCAGCAGUCAAUCAGCAGAACAACUGUUAACAAGAAUGAAGAAAAACAAUUAUUUCUUGAAUAUGGCUUUACCAUCAACCCAUAUGUUCCUCAUGAGGAAUAUGGUCCACCAUUACAACACUCAGAAAAACAAACAGCAAGUGGACAAAAUGAAAGCAAAAUUCUGUAGUCUGGAUGUUAUCACAAUUCAAUAAACUGAAUUUUCAGUCUGCCCCAUUAUAUUUGUUCCUAUUUCAUCACAUCAAAAGUUGAUUGAGCUGAUGUCAAAAACUAGUUAGUUUAUAUUUUCCUGCGAUGGACUGGUCAUCUGUCCAGGGCGUAACUUUUGUCUCAUUCUAACUCAGGUGAGAGACUCAUCUUCAAAACAGAAUUGAAAAAGACAGAUGGAUAGUUCAAAUGUCUGUAAAAAAAAAUUGUGUCUGCAAAUGUAUGGGUAAGGUCUUCUACUUGAUAACCUAAAUUAUCAAUUAACAUGAUUUCAUCUUUAGUUUGCGGUACCAUGCUGUGGUAUAAGGAGAGCAACUGGAGUCAGAGAACCAGUUCUCAAUUAUAAUGCUGACCUGAGCCAGAGGCAACCAUAAAACAUACAUUCUCACAAAAUGCAGUGAGUCAAAUCACAAAGUACUUCAUGAAG